GAGUUGCAGAGGGUGUUUCGAAGUGACUAAGUGAGUGGGAUAUAUAGUGAGAAAAAUGCAGCAGCAACUGGUGCAUAUGCAGCCUAUCAUGGCAUCUUACUACCCUAACAACGUCACCACUGAUCACAUUCAACAGUACCUGGAUGAGAACAAGACCCUAAUUCUGAAGAUUGUUGAAAGCCAGAAUUCUGGCAAGCUGAGCGAGUGUGCCGAGAACCAAUCAAGGCUGCAGAGAAAUCUCAUGUACCUUGCUGCAAUAGCUGAUUCUCAAUCCCAACAGCCUGAAAUGCCUGGUCAGCAGUACACUCCUGGUGGGAUUAUGCAGCAGGGAGCAGCACACUACAUGCAGGCUCAGCAGAUGACACAACAACAACAACUAAUGGCUGCACGCUCCUCCCUUUUGUAUGCACAACAGCCUUUCUCAGUACUUCAACAGCAGCAAGCCUUACACAGCCAACUUGGCAUGAGUUCUAGUGGAAGUCAAGGGCUUCACAUGUUGCAAAGUGAAGCGAUCAAUGUGGGAGGCAAUGGAGGGUUUCCUGAUUUUGUACGCAGCUCCACAGGGAAUGGGCAUGGUUUGCAGGGUGCUGGUAGGGGACUUAUUGGUAGUGGCAAGCAAGAAAUUGGAAGUUCAGCUGAAGACCGACGAGGAAGCGCUCGAGGAAGUGGUGGCCACUCCGGUCUGAAAUCUGCUGACGAUGGGAACUAGCCAGCAAGAAUGGUGAAGUUCCUGACCUUUUAGCAUUUUAGUUAGGAUAAUUAGGCAAUGAACAUUAUGCAGGGGGGAGAAAGGAAAUCCUGCUGCUUUGGUAUCAUGUUUGUUUUCUUAUGCCGAAGGCAAACAAUCUAAUC